ACAGGUGUCGUGUCAGUAGAGCUCGUCGUUUGUUUACAUUGAAAAUACUUGUUAUUUUUGCUAUUAUUGUUGUCGUUUCAUACCUGUAUUUUUGAAUCUACGUCACGAAAAAUAUACAAUUUGUAUAUUUUUCCAAUUGUGUAUUCACAAUAAUUCAAUAACAAGUGUAAUUUCGAUUAAAUGUAACCAAUUUGAAAACCACAUAACCAAUCCCAUUGGUCUUCACUACUGAAUUUUGUAACGUCAUCUACGACAAUUUAAUAUAAAAUCAAGCAAGCUCAACAAAUUACGAUUGAUUUAUUUUCAUUUGUGAUAAAUUGCUUGAAAAUCAUUGAGCUGUUGAGAGUUAGUGCCAAACUUUAUCGCUGUGUUUGUAAAAAACGAACUUCUCAAAAAGUUUAAAUUUACAAUAAACAACACUGUCCGAACGACAUAGAAAACACUCAACAAAUUUAAGUGGAAAUUGGCAAUAAUAACAUGAGAGGCAAUACUAAUUGCGACCGCUUUCAUACCUGAGAAGUGCCUGUGCCACAAUGUAAUUGAGAACAAACAUUUUGUAUCAAUUUGAAAGUAAUAUCUUAAUUGCAUCGCAUUCAACUACACACUAAACUGAUUCUUCUUUUGCCAUCGAUACGGAUUGAUUUGACAGUGGUUAUCGAGCUGUCAUCGAAUCAACACGUUAAGAUUGCGAAAUCCUCAUUGAAUUUCAUUCAAUUUUCCAACAACUAGUUUCCCUUGGAAUAUUUUUUUUCUUGAAAUGUCGCAGGUCAAAAUUGAGCAAUUGCCUUCACCUCGUUCACUGUGCGGCGAAGGACCACAUUGGGACGUUGCGACUCAAAGUUUGUAUUACAUCGAUAUUGAAGGACCAGAAUCGACAAUCCUACGAUAUGAUUACAAGGAAAACAAAACCUAUCCGGCCACCGUUGACAAUGUGCCCUUGAUGACAUUCGUUCUACCGAUUGAAAAUUCCACCGAUGAAUUUCUGGUCGGUUCAGACACCAUCGCCAAAGUUAUUCGUUGGGAUGGAAAGUCAUCAAAAGGUCAAUAUGUUCGAGAUGCGUUCGCUGUUGAAUCCGGAGACUACUACAGCACCAAUCGUUUCAACGAUGCCAAAUGCGAUCCGGUGGGUCGAUUCUUUGGCGGCACUCAACGUUACAACGAAUGCAAAGGACCAUUCAAUGUGGCAACCGCAUCAUUGUAUCGCUAUGACCGGCAAAUUGGCGUGAAACACCUGAAGGGAAAUGUGUUUAUUUCCAACGGCCUGACAUGGGUUGCCAAUAAAUUUUAUUAUAUCGACUCGUGCGCACAUGACCUCAAAGAAUUUGACUACAAUAUUGAAACUGGAGAUAUAUCAAAUGAGCGCACCAUGUUUUUGAACAGAGUAGAUGGAAAAACACCAGACUUUGUCCUUGAUGGCAUGACUAGCGAUGUUGAAGGAAACCUCUACAUUGCCACCUAUAAUGGACACAAAGUUUUUAAAUUAAAUCCAAAAACCAGCGAAGUGUUGGCAGAAUAUGUAUUUCCCAAUGUAAGCAAAAUAACAUCAGUUGCUUUUGGUGGGCCAAACUUGGAUAUACUCUACGCAACAACCGCAACUCGUGGUGACACACAAGAUGAAGCUGGCCAUUUGUACAAGAUUACUGGCCUAGGAACAAAAGGAUCGGCUGGAGUCAAAGUCAAAUUAUAAGAUGAAAUUAUGACAUUCCCUAAUCGUUUCCUUUUUUCAUCAAUUCAAUUGAUACGACUCACAAGAUGUUCAAUUGCCGUCUUUUCCAGUGAUUCGAUUGACGGGAAUUCUUUGCAAUGUUUUCAACAGACAACAAUGAAAUGAAUAAAAAUGUAUAGCAAA